AUGUUGGGAGGGUCUUUAGAAAGAAAAGAAAAGGCAAGAAAAAUUGUAACACAGGCUAGCAACUGUUUAACAGCUAGAAUGGAGAUUGGAGGUCCUAUGGCUGCUCUAUAUCUUUUGGGAAAUCCUGAUCAUUAUACUAGUCACAAAUUUGUAGUGGUCUACUGGAAAAACUUUGUGAGGGAAGCUCUAAAACCCUUCAGAUCAGAGGAAGACUUGGAAAAGGAGAUACCUGAAAAACUUCACUUCAGUCACCCACUGACCACUGACUAUUAG